CCAACCCCAAGCCCCAAGCCUACCGACUCCUAAACCCCUUACCCCUACCCCCCACUUCACGCCCCCAACUCUCACACAUUCGUCCCUAUGGAGUUGAUCUGAACUGGCGAUGUUGCGAUUGCACGAUACAAGGACAUAGCGGUGCCCAGAGAAACACUAGCGACACGCUCCCGCACCUGCACCCACUCAUGAAUCGGCUGUCAACGCAAACCACGAAACACGGUCGGUGACUUUCGCGCAGUGGGAAGUUGAAACAUCCACUGCUCCAACCCAACGAGCACCAUCUCAGAAAGGAUUGAGGCUUUGAGGAGCAAGCCGCGGAGAUGGAGAGGCCCUCGGGACCGCCGCUGGGAGCAGCAACUCAGUCGACUGGUCGUCCACUUGUAGACAAUGGAAUCCCGCGACCUCCUCCCUUGAGUACUGCUCGAAGAAUCCCGAAUCACCCUCUUCGACAUGAGCCUUCCAACAACUCCCUCUCCGCGCAGCAGUCUGGAAUCUCUGCAGGCCAAGUCAUUGCACUUGCGAAAGAGGCCAUGAAAGCAGCUAUUGAGGAGAACCAGAAUAAAGCUGCUGAAGCCAGUGGAGUGAACACUGAGCUAAAGCCCGGCGUAACGAUAGAUUUGAGCCACAAGCAGAUUCAGCGAUUUCCAGAGGAGGUGGUGGACAUAAUUAAAAAUGAGCUUGAGAGGUAUUGUGUCUCCCUCAACAUACUGGAUUCCACUAACAUCUUACGCAGACUGGCUCUGUCACACAACUAUAUCUCCACAUUCCCUCCACGGUUCUCGGAAUGUAUAUCCUUACGAUACUUGAACGUUCGCAAUAAUCAUAUCCGGGAAUUUCCACAAUCUGUAUGUUCUAGGGCUGAGACAAGUGAAAGCAAGGGGCUAAUGUGUUAGUAGAUAUGCCAAUUGACGUCUCUAGAAAUUCUGGAUCUUGGACGAAACAAACUCAGGCUUUUGCCUCCAGAGUUAGUUAGGCUGACUUCACUAAAGGUGUUGUCUGUUCAAAAGAAUCGCAUUGAAGCUCUUCCAUUGUGUCUAGCAGACAUGGCCUCUUUGCAAGUCCUCAAACUCGACGGAAAUCCUAUCAAAUUCCCUCCUAAAGAAAUACUCCAAGCACAAUCGACAACACCUCCAAAUGGCCGGUUUCAAGAAAACGAGAUUGAGAACUUUGCUGUUACCUCACAGAUUAAGCGAUUCUUGAAGGCGAAGCAAAUGGCUGAUCGCUCCGAAACGGAAUCAGGUGGAGAGGAGUCGAGUGAGGGAACCGAAACUCCAAAGCCAAUGAAGCGCGUUAUGAGCGGCCGCUUUCCAAUCAAGGUGAAUGGCACAGAUUUACCUGAUCUGCGAUCACCAGCUUUUCCUCGAGUUGCUCCCCCUAUUCCCACACGAUCUCAUCACCGUGGACUGUCACAACAAAAUGCUCCUGGGCGCCAACCAAACGUGUUGCCUUUAACGAUCAACAGCACCAACGAGCGACUGCGAAGUAAUAGCGAGGGUUUAGCAGUAACACCACGAGAGUCGCGAACUAGAAGAUUGGGCUUCGUUACCAAGAAGGCCUAUGAGUUAGGCACAGUUGACGAAUCCAAAUCAAAUCGCCAUAGUCACUAUAGAGGUCUUAGUCAUGGGUCUGCAAUCCAGAAUGGAAAUAAUGGUGCUAAUGGAACUGCGAAAGCAAGAAGCCCUCAUAGUCCUGCCGAUUCAGCUUCCAGAGCAACCUAUGUCCGACGACUCUCAAGCCUCCCUGAGCGUAAACGCGAAUCUUCAUCCCCUGAUUUAGUUAUCGAAGGCUCAAAAGGAAUUUUAUAUGCACUAUUCCAGGUUCACCCACUCAUACAGAACCUAUUGGGGCUUGCUCGAGAUGGAACGAAUAAGCGAACAAGUCUUGAACGAGUAUUCUACAAUGCAACUACACAUGUCGAGGAUCUUGACCGUCAUAUCCAAGAUUACAUCACAUAUUCAGAAGAGGAUGAAGAAAACUCGCCCAGGUCGAAUGAGGCUGUUCACCGUGCUUGCUUGACGAGUGUGCAUGCGUACGUACACGUUAUGGGUCUUCUAUCACGAAAUGUUGAAACUUUGCUGGAUAAUAGCGACCCGAGAUAUAUUCGAACUCUUCUCCUUCUGAUUUACGGAAGUGCUGCAGAGAUUCGUAAUGCUGGGGCUGAUCUAUUCAGGCAUGAGCAGGGCCGUAGAUCCAGAAUAUCAGAGGAAGUAGAGGUGGGAGAGCCUGUUAGGUUUCCAGCUCGGGAUAAAUCCGUUACGCCUACUCGAGAGAGACCUGGAAUCAGCCUGAGAUCUAGGAGCGCCACUGCAAUCAACACUGCUCCAAACCUUCGCGUCGCAACCGGGCCCUCGUCAUCCCUCUUGACCGGGAGAGCCAUAACCAUGACUAGUGCGACGCCACGCUCUGGAGAUUCAUUUUCCUCUGGCGAUAGGAUGGUCCGGAGCGAGUUUAGCGAGGAAGACCGGGAUUUCGAACGGAUUUACCUGCGCCUCCUAGAAUCAUCCGAAAUGACCAUCAAGCAACUUCCAAGAGUCAACAACCUUUUUCUACAUGCCAUGAGGACUAGCAACCAACAACAAAACCCGGAACUUCCGCAACAGUCUUGGAACCUUCUUAUUGAUACGUGCAAUACCGCCCACCGCAAUGCAGAGAAUCUCAGAGCUCGCUUGUCUGUCAUAAAACUCAAAGAGCCCGGCGUCAGAUCGCAAGCAGCAUUCUGGGAGCUCUGCAAUGCAUUCAUACAUGUAAGUAUACCUGGUGUCCUAUUUCAUUAUACGAUUUGCUAACGCUUUUCAGGCAUACACAGAUCUCGUUAUGAGAGUGAAAGAAGCGAGAGGUGCUACGAAUUUAAUACCUACGGAAGCAGUUCAAAUCUUGCGACCGCUUCAGAAGGUUAUAAGAGAGACUAGUCAUUUGAUCCACAACUCGCCUUGGGCUUUCCUCACUGGCCCUCAGCGUUCAAAUGGAAUGUCGCAUGGCGCAACCUAUAUUGUCAGAUCACCUGUAUCGCAAGUUCCAUUGCCAAUGACGCCACAAAGUGCCGCAUUAGGACCAGCUGUGCAAGCAACCAUGCCCUCUACACCUCAGGGAUAUAACCACAUGUUCAGUCCAAACUUCUUUGAACGAGCAGAUGCUUAUUUGGCAACAAAUGGUAGCUCAGUAACCUCAUCUCGUACUGGUACAAUGUCAUCUUCAAUGGGUUCGAUGAGCUCAACUUUGAGUUCAAACGAUGGAACGAUGACACCCGCGACAUUGGUCAGCCCCAUGACAUCUUUCGGCUCCAUAGGUUCAAGAUAUAAUGGUAAUGGAAAGGUGGCCUUUUGAUAAAGCCAGUGUAAAUUUUUCCUUGUUUUUUCCCCUGCGUUCUGCCACUUUUUCUGCCUCUUUUCUUCUUAAGCAUGUACGGGCUUACGAACGUAUUCAAUGAUGCUAUUUGAUGCAUGAAGGGCAUGAAGGGUAUAAGAGGCGCGAACAGGCUUUGGCGUUUGGGUGCGCAGAACAUUCUAUGGGUGUUAGCAUAUGAUUUUUAUGUAACAGAAAAGAAGCUUCGAGAGCUGGGAAAGCCAAGGGGGAAUCAGUGAAUAGGCGCCAGCAAACUUCGUGCGGAGCUAAUUGUAAAUGUAGUUCAUAGUUCAGAAGAAAUGAAUGUAAAAUUUCGAUUAUUA